AGCGUAGUUCUCCCAAUUUUGAUUAAUCUAGGGUUCCUUCUCUGUUCUCCUCUCGUUUUCGCAGGGGCAUUGUAAUUCCCGGCGAUGGAUACGGCUCCGCACGAUCGCAGCUCGGAGUCCGGGUACGUAGAGGAAGAAGGGAAAUCUGAACCGCUUCCUACUCGCUCUGGGUCAUCCCCCGACGAAUCUCAACUUGGGUCUGAUUCGAAGAGGCAGAAGUUCGAAGAAUCCGACGACGCCCUGAAGAAAAUCUAUGAUACCACUGACGAUGAGAGUGUAGAAGCAGAAGAAGAAGAAGACGACGACGAUAGCAGCGAUGAUAGUUAUAGUGAUCCUGCGAUCUACCCGCAAGAUGAGGAAGGCAAGAAGCAGCUUAAGAUCUACUUUCAGUCAAUCGUGGACAGUGAGGGCUACGAUGUUGCAGAGUGUCCUCUCAAAAUGGUUGGCCCCGACCAUGGCUAUCUACGCGUCCACCUUGACGACCAUGAGGAUUAUCACGCGAGUUAUGUAGUUACUUGUGUGAAUCAUGUGAUUCGUGAACAGAACAAAAAAGGCGCUGAGAUGACAUUGCGGAAGAUUGAGAACGCUACUUCGAUGAAGGUAAAUGGCUACAACUAUUACAUCACCUUCUCUGCCGAGACUGGACCAAAGAAGGAAAACAAGGUGUACCAAGCUCAGGUGUACUGCAGUUUUCUGGGGGAAGUGAUUAAGAUAACGAAUUUCAGGGAGAAACAGCAACCCAAAUCUUCAGGAACCCGAGUGCGAGUACUACUGUAUCGAACUGAGGCAGAGGCAAUGCAAGGCUUCUUCGCUGGUUUAGGCGAGGAAGGUUUCUAACAAGAUAUGGUAGUAUUUGCAAGUGUUAGAAGAAGAUGGUGAGUUCACUGUAUGACCAUCUGUAGGUUAACCAACUGUUCACCGGUUGUUCCUGUCAGUGGAUGUUUUUUCAGUUAUGGGUAAAUUUAUGGUAUGUUAUUUUUAUUUAGAGUCAAGCUUUGGGCUGAGAACUGAAUGUGGCAAUUUAUGGACCUGUCCUUCUAUUUAGGUUGUCAAGCUUUGGAUUGAGAUGUGGGUUGUGAGAAUUUAUAUGCACCUGAUGCUUUUCCUGGUUCUAAUGAACAUUGUCAGCUUUCAAGGUGAAGUGUAAACAUAUAUUUUAGUCAGAUACCAUAGCAAUAUGGCAUUUUCACGCUGCAAAAGGAUCUGAUGCCUUAAAGGCUAACGUGAAGUGUAAACAUAUAUUUUAGUGCGUCAAUGGCUGAAUUGUUGGGAAUCCUUCAUGGUUUAGAAGUUUCUAGAAGAUUUGGUUGCAGAACUCUAAUAGAGGAGUCCAAUUCCUUGCUCGCAAUUCAAUUGAUCAAGCAAAGAACGAAUUUGGUUCAUCUGUAUAUGCUGCUCUUAUCUUUGCGGUUAGUCAAAGAUUAGCACAAUAUUAUUUAGUGAACAUCACUCAUGUAUGCUGCAAAAAAAAUAGAGUCGCAAACUGGCUUCGAGUUAUAGCUCUUUUUAAAAAAAUGGUAUUGUUAUCAUCCUGUAAGUUCACUGCUUUACAAUAUUUAGUUAAUCGACCGAGUUUGUAUCUAUACCUUACCUGCUAUCUCACUGCAGUCCCGCACCCUUCUGUUGUAAUGUUAUAUUGUGAUGUCUCCUAGUUCUUAUUGGUAUGGGAGCGGGAAUGGUUUAAGGUUUUGUCCAUCUUUUAACCAUUGUGUUUGUUCCCAGUGGAGUUGGACAUUUGUAAAGUUGAGAUCAUAACUUGGAAGGAUGUUGUUUGUGUGUUUAUGGGUGGACAUACAUUGCCUUAUUUAUGUUCAAUGUUGAAGUUGGAGGAAACCAAUAGUCUACCGCAAGUUAGUGUUGUGAAGGGACACAAAUCAAAUUCAGACAUCAGUUCUCUCUGCUCUGCAGUCUUCUUUGUGACUCCAGUGAGCAUACCUUGCUUGGCCAGUUGGCCUAUAGUUUUAUUCUCUUGGAUACUUCUAAAGUUUGUUUUUGCUUACUUCUGGUAUUUGCUACUUGUUACUGCAGUAGUGUCUAUAAAUCUGAGUGUUAUCUUUUUGUUACUGACAAGAACCAAUUCCAUUGCUUGGAACCCCAUUGAGCCACUCAACUUCACAGCAGCAAGCGCAUUGAUAUUGUUAAAAUCUUGCUGGUGAUUUGAUAAUUUUGCUGCCAGUGUUAAAACAUGGAUAUACAUGGGAUAGCCGACUAUUGUUGAUUGUGUUGCAAAUGUCCAAAUAUAAAACUAGUUUACUAUAUAAUUUUUCAUUUUUGCAGGCGAAUGAGGAUUGCAGCUGUGAAUAUACACGCGUCCUGCUGCUCGCAGUUGCUUCCAAGGGAACAGAAAAAGCAUGAAUACCAGGAAGCUGUCAAGAAUCGUUACAAGCAUCUUCCCCAAGUCAAAAGAAUAGUGAAUUAAGGGUAUUGUUUGAGGUCGCCUUUGAAAUUGAUUAAUGAUGAGCCUUUGUUCCUGUGCUGCAACUUAAUUUGGCGAUGUGGUGAUGUAUGAUUGUGCAGACAUAGGCAUGUGCCAAAACCAAUAUAAAAGGCGAAGGAGUUGUGCCGCAUGUUGAUUGAAUCUGAGAAUAGGGAAAGAGGGAAGAAGAAAGCUCACAGCACCCAAGAAGCAUCGUUACCAAAUCAGUGUGUAGGAGGAUCAUUAGAGAAGUCAAGUAGUUUGUUCGCUCUUCAACGACGGGAUAUGGAUACUUCGUAUCAACCAUUCUCGUAGGACUUUUGAUCAAAGAAAGCCAGCACCAUAAACAGUGUUUUGGUGCUUCGUAUUCGUGUUGAUGCUUCGUAGCUGGCUUCCGUAGAUACAGACGUGUUGACUGGCCAAAUAACAGUGUUCUUUAGGCACAUCUCUCCACUACUGGUAAUUAUGAGACCAACAUUUUUGGAAGAUGGACAGAGACAUAUAUUCAAGAAUUCUAGUAUUUAUAUUACCAGAACAACUUUUUUGCAGAGCCAUUGCCAUCCUUCCGUUUCCAAUAGCGUAUAGACGAAUAGAGUGCCAUGGGGGAUUGAUGCUCAAGUACAAUGGCAACGGUAUAAUAACGCACCGCCUGCACCCCAAUUAUACGGACUAAACCGUGAACUCGGCCUGAAAUCCCCUCUUUUCCUGGUCUUUGCUUAUUUUCUUCAAAUUUUGGACUCUGGGACUGGUUUCACCUGUUAGAUCUUGAAACAUGCUAAAACACAAGAAAUCUAAUGUAAAAUCACCAUUUUAGGAGCACACAUG